UAAUGCCCAGACUUGCGAAAAUGAUAGUCAUCCGGGGAUAUUCUACCAGAACGAAAGGAUAGAUAAGGGUAUAUUGUUCCAAUUAAAUGGCGGCCAAGAAAUAAAUUUAACGUGUAUUAGUACUCUCAAAAUUGAAUUGUCACUACAAUUCAAAGAGAAAUGAAGAGAAAUGCAUCUAAUUCAAGAAUUAUUUGAUGGAGUUUCAACAUGAAUAAACCCAAGAGCUUUGUCCGAAACCUCAUCAAAUCCUUCAUAUCUUAUACGAAUAAAGAGGAUUUGGAGAAAAUUCCUGCAGAAGAACAAAAGCAAUUUCCUUUCGAGAUUCUUGUUGCUGCAACGAAAAACUUUCAUCAUACUCAAAAGCUUGGUGAAGGAGGCUUUGGCCCUGUUUAUAAGGGAAAAUUAGACGAUGGUAGACAAAUAGCUGUAAAGAAGUUAUCAUGUAGCUCAGCUCAGGGAAAGAAAGAGUUUCAGAAUGAGGUGAAAUUGUUGGCAUGUUUGCAACAUAAAAAUGUAGUGAAUUUGCUUGGAUACUGCGUGCACGGUGCAGAGAAGCUGCUUGUUUAUGAGUACGUGGUCAAUGAGAGCAUUGACAAGAUUCUUUUCAAAUCUGGUAAACAAGAAGUACUUAAUUGGAAGCCAAGGUUUGAUAUAAUAAUGGGCGUUGCGAAAGGCUUGCUUUACCUUCAUGAAGAUGCUCCCUUUUGCAUCAUACACCGUGACAUCAAAGGCAGCAACAUCCUACUUGAUGAUAGAUGGGUUCCUAAGAUUGCUGAUUUUGGCAUGGCUCGUCUUUAUCCUGAAAAUGAAACACAUGUUAACACCCAUAUAGCUGGUACAAACGGCUACAUGGCACCAGAGUAUUGUAUGCAUGGCCACCUUUCUGUGAAGGCAGACGUAUUCAGCUUUGGGGUCGUGGUUUUGGAGCUGAUAAGUGGACAGAAGAAUUCAAGAUUUAACCAAGAUCCUGAGUCACAGAACCUGCUUGCAUGGGCAUACAAACUUUACAAGAAUGGUCAGAGCUUGGAUAUUAUGGAUCCUACAUUAGUGUCAUCAGCAGUUCCUGAUCAAAUAGCAAUGUGCAUACAACUUGGGUUGUUGUGCACCCAAUAUGAUCCACAAUUGCGGCCCGACAUGUGUCGUGUGGUGGUGAUACUAUCGAGGAAGCCAACCACCCUUGAAGAACCGGAAGGACCUGAAUACCCCAGUUUUCGAUACAGUAAUCAUAAACCAACUGCAUCAUCAUCAUCCACAACUGGAACUUCUGGUGAUUUGAAUUCUCAUUCCUUUGGCUCUACGAUUAAUACAAAGAGUGCCACAGCUACCGCUAGCACAUCGGGUCUCAAUAUCCCCAUAUACGAUCGUCACGGUAAACGCCUUGUACAAGAUUAGGCUUCUAGGUAUAGAAGAAUAUUCUUUCACGUGUGUGUAAUUUUGCAUUAUUUUGAUAACAUUGCUAACUCAGAUAGCGGUUUUCAACAAUUCAGUUGGACAAAAAUCAGCAAAAACUCCCUCUGAAACCCAGAAGCUAACUACUUUUAGGAGAUGCAUAAUUGAUUGUAUUAAUCUCGUUAGCUUCAAUUGCAUUUGGCUUUUCACUGUCAUUUGUUGUUGGAUACAUUACCUAGGGUUUGUUUUGCGCCCCUUAUUUUUGUGGAAAAUACGUUUUGUAAUAGUAAUUUUUUUGGAGAAUGUGAUUAAGUAGAAAAAAGUUUUAGAACAUUA